AAUCAAACCAAACAACUGUCAAUUCUGACUUUCACAACGCAUUGAAAUUCACAGUGAAACUCUUCUUCGGCAACUGAAAUGUCCCAUUCUAACCGUUGCAAGAUCUGCUGUUCGAACUAUCCAGAUUGCAACUCCCACGAUUGCUCGUACCACUGGAAAAACCGCUUCUGCAAGUUGCGCAAAAAGUGGUGUCCUUGCGACCAAACAGUUGGCAGAUUUGGUGUGGCCUGGGUUGCAGAGGUACCAGGAUGCGAGAACACCGAGCCCAAAGGAUGGCAAGUGGAUAUCGUAGACACCCCUCAAGGGAUCAUGAAGAAGACGAAGGAGCUAUUAGAAUGGCUGAACAAUCCUCCAUCUCAUCUUUUUGAUUGCAUCAAGGGAAACGAUAAGUGUUGCAGCAUCCAUCGGCCUAAAUGCAACUUGGAUCCGUGUGAUGAAUGUUGGGAGGAACCUUGCUGUAUGAAAGAAACUCCUUUAAAGUGCCAAGAGCCUCCGAAGAAGUGCAGGAAAAGCUGCGAAGACUAUGAACCCAGUUGUCAUCCUUGCUGUAAGGACUCCACAACCUGUCUAGACUGCAAGCAGCAAAAGUGCUCGAUUCGAUUCGAUUGCCGAAAAUGCAAUGAUGACUCCUCGGAUGACAACUGCCCGCCUCGUCACUCUAAAUGCCGGUGGUCUACCCUAGGGAAAAACGACUGCGAUGAUGCCUUCAAGAAGGAAAGUUGCUGCUGUCACUGCCAAGAGAAGUACUUCAAAAAUGCAGGGACCAACUAUGACAGUGAUAUAGUGCCUCAGAGGGAACACUCUAGGACUUUAUCUUCUGAACUGGCAGACCUCGACUCCAAAGUUGUAUGUGCUGGUAUAAGGACCAGCCAGAUCUGCAAGAAAAUAAUGGAUGAGAAAAGGAAUGAGCUUGUGGAUAAGCACGAGAAGGAACUGACGACCAUUAUCGGCAGGUCUUCAGAUGAUGAGUCUGGAAAGAGUUUGUAUGUAAAUUCGGCUUAUAAUCAAAGUAUGGGCAAUGCAGUGAGCAGUCAAAGACGAUCGCACAAAUUUCGAAGAAAGGAAUCCAUUUGAACGAACGAGAACACAUUAUUUCCAAAAUAAAGACAUGAAUAAUAUAAUUUUGUAAGCUGUUUGAUCAUUAACGAAAAUUUUGUCUGGAGGCUUUGUAGAUCAUAAUAUUUCGUCAACUGUCUUGUUGGGAGAGGUAAUCACAAAAUAUUGUAAUAAUGUGUACCAUUAUGGCUCUAUAGUAUUCUAAACCACAAAUAAAACUAACCUACAAGGUA